AUGGUCCCCGCCGCCGGCGCGCUGCUCUGGGCCCUGCUGCUGAGUCUGGGGUCCCCGGCGGCGGGGGCCCAGGGCCAGGCCCAGACUCCGUCGGGGCUGCAGCGGGUCAGCUUCCGCCUCGGGGGCCCGCUGACCCGCAGCUACCAGACCAGCAGCCGGAGCAGCGGAGCCUGGAAGACGAAGGUGACCCUGGAGGAUGAGGACGACGCCGUGGCCACCGCCGACCGCCUGGCAGGCCCGGCGGCCUCCGAGCUCCUGGCCUCCUCGGUGGCCACGGGCAUCAGCCACCCCCGCGGGUCCGGGGAGGAGGAGGGGGCUUUGGAGGAGGAGGUUGUCAUUAACGCCAGGAGGAACGGCCCCCACCCCGAGACGCCGCCGCAGACGGCUCCCAGCACGCUCUUUCCUGCCAACACCCAGGAGCGGGAGGUGAGGCUGACGACAAGCCUGGUGCCCUCCACCGACAGGUCGGCCCCCGAGCCGCUGGGCUCCGAGGCCACCACCCUGAGCCAGUGGUCGACAGCCGGGGCCACCCCCAACCGCUGGCCGCCACCCUCUGCCACAGCCAUGCCGCCGGCCGAGGACCUGCGGCUGGUGCUGAUGCCCUGGGGUCCCUGGCAUUGCCACUGCAAGUCGGGCACCAUGAGCCGGUCCCGCUCGGGGAAGCUGCAGGGCCUGUCGGGGCGCCUUCGCGCCGGGGCGCUCAGCCAAAUCCGCACGGAGCACCGGCCUUGCACCUACCAGCAGUGUCCCUGCAGGCGGGACCGGGAGGAGUGCCCGCUGGACAGAGAGCUCUGCGAGGACUGCGCCUCUCAGGCCAGCCCCAGCCGCAUGCCCGUCAGCCGCACGUCCAGCCCCAGCCCCAGCCCCAGCCCCAGCCCCGCUCUUGCUUUUUGGAAACGAGUCAGGAUUGGGCUGGAAGAUAUUUGGAACAGCCUCUCUUCAGUGUUCACGGAGAUGCAGCCAGUAAGUGUUUGAGGAUGGAUCUCCAAAGUCCCGAUGGACAAAACCCUGGUGCCAGCCGGUGUGCCUGCAUGAAUUUCUGACUUCUUUGGCGUGUCCACGCAUUGUUGGCCAUUAAUUCCAUCCUAUUUCUGGAACAACUGCUGGCUGGCUGGUUGGUUAUUAGACAACAUGUAUUAUUGGUCAUUAGAUGAUGAUCGACCAAAUAGUUGAGACUGUAGAUAUACAGAGACUUCUUUAUGCACAGAUAACUAAUGAAGGGAUUAAAUAUUAAUCGAUUAGCAGUUUUCAGCUGAUUAAUGCAGCUUGACAGUAAAAACAGCCAAUAUUUGGGGUCUUACUAGGUGCACUUCAUCUGGAUCAAUCCUCACAACCAACCUGAUGGGGUAUUAUUAUCCCCACUUUACAGAUGAAAAUGGGGGUUCCAAGGGAGACAUUUACAAAGCUAGUAAGUGGCAGAGCCACAAGUGGGAUUCAGACCCAGGUGUGUUUGGCAACAAAGCCCAUGCUUGUGACCACCACCCUCUGCCUCCCAAAUAACUGUCCUUCUGGGAUUCUUCCCCGCAACAUAAGAAUUCUCAAGGAAGGACAGUCCUCUACCAAGAGUUACUGAAGGUUCUGGUUGACCUGAUCAAAUACUCUCUGUUGAUAGGGACACCAGGACCUUUGGGGAGGGGGAGAGCAAUGAACUGUGGUAUCCUUGGUCAUUUUGCUGGUUUGUCUCUCUCCUUGUGUCCAAAUAGGGGGAGCAGGGUUGAGGAAAUGAGGGUAUGUGGGAGAGGGGAUGAAGCAAGAAAGGGAAAAGAAUGUAGAUGUGGUUGUAACUGCCCCUGUAUUUUUCUUCCUUACUCAGACAGAGAGAAACCAGAGAUAAAGACCACUUCAUCCACAGGAAGAGGUGUCAGCACCUCAGCCCCUCCACCCCUUUCAAUCCCAGCACCCACUGGAUAUUUUUAGUACAGAAAAACAA